GAAAACAAGGGAAGGAAAAUUCGCCGUGGUCGCAGGGAGGUUUCCAAUUUUUCCCAUCGAGCACAAUGAACAGGGGAACAAACGUGGUUCCCACAGCGAGCAGAUCCCCAUAGGAGCUGAUGGAGCAUCUGUCUGCGAUGUGACCGGCUUCAAGUUACGGAAUGCAGCUGAGUCUAGAGGAAGAGUUGCGGCUCCCGUCAUCGGAUCUUCGGAGCCACGGUUGGUAUCAUGGGCCCAUACCGCGGUCCGUCGCGGAAACGCUCCUCACCACCGACGGACAGUUCUUGGUGCGCGAUUGUCUCUCCCAAGUGAACGACUACGUUUUGUCUUGCCACCAUUCCGGAACGAAGCUCCACUUCAUCAUAAAUCGCGUGUAUAUCCUGCCAAAUACCCUUUAUGAGAGGGUACAGUUCCAGUUGGAGGACGAUCUAUUCGACACGAUUGCCGAUUUGGUCACGUUUUACGUUGGCAAUAAGCAACCGAUCACUCUGCGCUCCGGAGCUCACAUCUCGAAACCGGUCCUCAGGAAGGUUAGCCUGAGUGUCCACAUCGAGGCCCCACCUCCGCCGAAACCCGAACGGAACUACAGCUCCACUCAGAUCAAGGAACGACGGAUACUUCGCAAGGAAUAUUCAAAAACCCCUUUCAAGGCGGUCGAUGAGUCGUCGGGCGAAGUGACCUUCGGUUCCGUAGAGUUCAGCAAUAAUGGGAUGAACGAGUGCCUACUCCGAAAAGUCCAAAAUGAGCUCAGAGACAAUGGUGCGAGGGUGCUCGCACGGAGUCUGACCCUUGUGCAUGUGCGGCUGCUCCAGCUGGAUACGAAGACUGAAGGAGCUCUCGGAGCUCAGAGCUGCCUUGAAAUUCUGUCUUUGCCUCACGGGGAAAAAUUGAGGAGACACCUCUUCGACAGAGCCGAGUACCUAAAACUGCUGGUGAUCGCCUCGAUCGCGGUCGAGGACAACCAGGAGAUCGCUCUCGAGAUUCUCACAAAAUGGAUCCAGAUCGCUGCAGAGGUGAAAUCAGCUUUCGGAGACCUCUUCGGGUUCCAGUGUCUGAUGAGAGGUCUCAUGUCGCCAAUCGUGACGUCAAUGAAGAAAUUAUGGUUCGACUUGAGACAGAAAAACACCAAUCUGGCGCUACUCUUCGAAACGAAAUUACGCCAGGAGAUCUCCGCGCUUCUCGACCACUGCGAUAGUAUGGCUCCGAAUACGUGUGUACCGAAUGUUUAUUUCUACGUUAGUCUGCUGGUUCAAUUGAGUCAACGCUUAGAACGCAUUCAAAUCGACAAGAUGGGACCUGAUUCGGGCCUAGGAAGUAUUUUGUGUCACCUUGAACUCCUGCGGUCACUCAUCAGCCAGACGGAGCGUUUUAGAAAAAAUGCGCAAAGCGUCCUGACUUCGGUCACGUCACUUGACAGGAGUUUUGCCUUCUUCGAGACGGCGGAUUUGAUCGCUCUCUUUAACACCGAAGAUUACAAAAACUUCAACGAUUCAGAGAAGAAACAGAGUCUUACACAGACUAUGGACUGCCUUUCUCGAAGGCUCCUGAACUGA